AAGGGGAGGGGAAAGCAGCGCAGAGACAGGAGAGACGGAGGAGGCGCCCGCGGCUGCAGAGCUGCAGAGCGGGGUCUCCCGGGCCUCCGCGUCCCAGCCAGCCCUCCGCUCGCAGCCGGGCCAGACCACAGUUCGUCCUUUCGGCGCGGCCCUCUGGGCCCCUGCGGUCGCCAAGCUGGCUCCCCGAGUGGCCACCGGGACCCCCGAGCCCAAUGGCGGGGGCGGCAGCAAAAUCGACAGCACCGUGGAGAUCUCCCCCAACGCCAAUGGACAGGUCGGGAGCCUGGGAGACGCGGUGCCCCCCGAGCAGCUGCAGGGUGAGCGGGAGCGCCGGAGGGAGGGGGAGGGCGACGCGCUGGGCAGCAGCCUGUCGCUGGCCGCGCCCCCGGGCCCCCUGAGCUUCGAGGCUCUGCUGGCCCAGGUGGGGGCGCUGGGUGGCGGCCAGCAGCUGCAGCUCGGCCUCUGCUGCCUGCCCGUGCUCUUCGUGGCGCUGGGCAUGGCCUCGGACCCCAUCUUCACGCUGGCGCCCCCGCUGCACUGCCACUACGGCGCCUUGCCCCCCAACGCUUCGGGCUGGGAGCAGCCCCCCAACGCCAGCGGCGUCAGCGUCGCCGCCGGAGCGGCCCUAGCAGCCAGCGCCGCCAGCCGAGUCCUCACCAGUACCGACCCUUCGUGUAGUGGCUUUGCCCCGCCAGACUUCAACCACUGCCUGAAGGACUGGGACUAUAACGGACUACCAGUGCUCACCACCAAUGCCAUCGGCCAGUGGGAUCUGGUGUGUGACCUGGGCUGGCAGGUGAUCCUGGAGCAGAUCCUCUUCAUCUUGGGCUUUGCCUCCGGCUACCUGUUCCUCGGUUACCCCACGGACAGGUUUGGUCGACGUGGAAUUGUGCUGCUGACCUUGGGGCUUGUGGGCCCCUGUGGAGUGGGAGGAGCCGCUGCAGGCUCCUCCACAGGCAUUAUGGCUCUUCGAUUCCUCCUGGGCUUCCUGCUAGCUGGUGUUGACCUUGGUGUCUACCUGAUGCGCCUGGAGCUGUGCGACCCAACCCAGAGGCUUCGGGUGGCCCUGGCAGGGGAGUUGGUAGGGGUGGGAGGGCACUUCCUGUUCCUGGGCCUGGCCCUUGUCUCUAAGGACUGGCGAUUCCUGCAGCGAAUGAUCACCGCCCCUUGCAUCCUCUUCCUGUUCUAUGGCUGGCCCGGUCUGUUUCUGGAGUCUGCGCGGUGGCUGAUCGUGAAGCGGCAGAUUGAGGAGGCUCAGUCUGUGCUGAGGAUCCUGGCUGAGCGAAACCGGCCCCAUGGGCAGAUGCUGGGAGAAGAGGCCCAGGAAGCCUUACAGGAACUGGAGAAUACCUGCCCUCUCCCUGCAACGUCUGCCUUUUCCAUCGCGGCUCUCCUCAACUACCGGAACAUCUGGAAGAAUCUGCUUAUCCUGGGCUUCACCAACUUCAUCGCCCACGCCAUUCGCCACUGUUAUCAGCCUGUGGGAGGAGGAGGGAGCCCGUCAGACUUCUACUUGUGUUCUCUGCUGGCCAGUGGCACAGCGGCCCUGGCCUGUGUCUUCCUGGGGGUCACCGUGGACCGUUUUGGCCGCCGGGGUAUCCUGCUUCUCUCGAUGACUCUCACGGGCAUUGCGUCCCUGGUCCUGCUGGGCCUGUGGGAUUAUCUGAACGAUGCUGCCAUCACCACUUUCUCUGUCCUGGGACUCUUCUCCUCCCAAGCCUCUGCCAUCCUCAGUACCCUCCUUGCUGCUGAAGUCAUCCCAACCACUGUCCGGGGCCGUGGCCUGGGCCUAAUCAUGGCACUUGGGGCGCUUGGGGGUCUGAGUUGUCCGGCUCAGCGCCUCCACAUGGGCCAUGGAGCCUUCCUGCAGCAUGUGGUCCUGGCGGCCUGUGCCCUCCUCUGCAUCCUCAGCAUUAUGCUGCUGCCAGAGACCAAGCGCAAGCUUCUGCCAGAGGUUCUCCGGGAUGGGGAACUGUGUCGCCGGCCUUCCCUACUGAGACAGCCACCACCUAACCGCUGUGACCACGUCCCGCUGCUAGCCACUCCUAACCCUGCCCUCUAAACAGCCUCUGAGCACCCUGGUGGGAGGCUGGCCAGCCGUACAGAAAGGUGACAAAGGGCCCUAGCAAGGUAGACAGGAAAGCAAGGCCAUCCCACACCAAAGGCUCAAAGGCACCUCACUCCAGCCGCCUGAGCAAGAGGGCCGGUCCCCAACCCCAUCUCCCCCCUGCUGCUUUACGUUCACGUUGUCAGCAACAAUCAGUACGGGGUGGGCGGAGCAUCACACUAUAACCACUAGGUCUGGGCUCCAUCCUGUGCCCAAAGACAUCUUCCCAGACCUCAGCUCUUCCUUGCUCUCUCAUUCUGUUUCAAUAAAAGACAUUUGGAAUAAAUGAGCAUAUCAUAGCCUGGA